GACUAGCCGAAGCGGCCGCGGCGGAACACCUCGGCGAUCGGCGUGCGUACCUUCCACGCGGGAGUGCGGGACCGUUGCUGCGACGCUGCGUCAGAUCGACGCGCGGCGCGUCCGCCCCCCACCCUCUCGCCGCCUAUAUAACUCGCGCCCGAAUCGGCGGCUCCCUCCUUUGCCCUCUCCGCGCACCUUCCACCACGCUCUGGAAGCUGUUUCCCCUUUCUCGAGAGUUUAGAAAGCUGGUGCAGAGAUGGCCGGGGAGAGCUGCGUCCCCAAGCCCCUGUUCGGCGGCGCCAUCUUCACCACCUUCCCCGACCGCUUCCAGGACGUGAGCAACAUCCGGGAGGUCCCCGACCAUCAGGAGGUUCUCGUUGAUCCAUCCCGCGACGAGAGCCUCAUUUUCGAGCUACUUGACCUCAAGGGCGAGGUGGACGACGCCGGCAGCGCGCUCUGGUUCCUGCAAGACAUCGCCAACGAGCAAGACGCCGGGGACAACUUGGUGGUAGAGCAUUCUGGGACACUUGAACUGGCUGCUUUGCAUCUCGGAGAAGCUCCUGCAGUGGCUGCAACUGCAGUUGGCCAGCUGGCCGUCUCAAAAGGGAGGCAGGGCAGAGAAGCACAAAACAUUGUUCGAAUUUACCUGGCAAACAUACGCCUUAAGAAUGCGGCAACCGAUGUACUUAUCACCGCAUAUGAGCCAUUGUUGAUAAACCCCCUGAGUGAAAGUGCUGCGGCAGUUGCAGCUGGUCCGGCAAUACCUGCUGAACAAGUAGGGUGCUUGCCAAUGUCUGAGGUCUUCAAACUUGCAGUGACGAAUUUCAAUGUGCGUGAUUGGAACCUUUUCGAUGGUGGCCCUUGAACCAGAGUGGAUAAUCUCUCCAAAAUCAGAUGUAGAGCAUCUGGUUGACAUACGGAAGACUACUACCUGUUUUCUAGAUUUACAAUUCAUUGUCAGAAAUUAUGCUAUCUGACUUAAUCUUCCAAAUACUCCUAUUGAACUUACCUCUGGAACAUUAGCUGAGUUUGUCAUGAUAGAUUCUACUAGUGGAUUGUACGCAGAUGGUCUGUGUCGCUUCAUCGGUAAAGCAAACUCUGCUCGUUCCUGUUG